AUGGCUAACCGCGAUCACUGGGUCCACUGUGAGUCUUGUCAUUCUCCAUUCGCCAGUAUCUUGUCUCGCAACCAACACAUGAACACGCACGACCACUGGGAUGCUCAAAUUGAAUGUCACUCCUGCAAGCGAAUGUUCGAUACCCAGAAUGCUGCGAAUGAGCAUAUGAGAGACUACAACCACUUCCCUGAUCAUUCCUGCGCUGCUUGUGAUAACCCGGUUGAAAGCGAUACUCCCUCCUGCGCACACACGAGAACUAAAGUCCGCAGCGAUAUAAUGUUCAGAUGCCCGUACUGCAAGGGAGAAUACAUAGCCCCAAGCGGGAUCCCUACUCACAUCGAGGCCGGCGUCUGCACGACAGCCUGUGCUACGAGCCGCCGAGCGCUGUACGAGCGCAUCCAAUACCUCGACCCCACGGGAAUGAUAACCAACGGUGCCGCGGACGGAUGUGACUGGAUCUGCCGUCUCUGCCUGAAGGAUUUCUUCGACGUUGAUGAACUGAUUUCACAUCUCGACUCGCCCAUUCACGAUGCCAAAAUCUACCAUUGCCUGACCGAUCCGAAUGUGUGUGGUCGGCGCUUUUCCUCCUUGUCUGCGUUGUUCAGUCACUUGGAACACGGCUCAUGCGGGUACCUUCGGUUUGUGCAAAUCGAGACUAUCUUGAUGAACCUGCUUCGAGCCAUUGAUGGCGGCAAGGUGCUCUCUACCGUCAGGCUGGAAUAG